GCUUCUUUUACGUAGAACUGACUUGGUUUGGACCCAUGGUGAGAAAGAGAGAGAAAAUUCAGAAAAAUCCGGAUCCAAAAAGCGAUGCACAUACAGACGCAGAUAAUCCUGCCUCGGCACCAGGGUGGGAGUCGUCUAGGCGAGGUGGAGGCAACUAAGCCCCCCUGGGAGAAACGUCACCAGGCUGGGACGCAUCAUCGACCAGUCUCCGCGAAAGCGCGCCCACACUCCGCCGCCGCCGCGGACGUCAGGAUCGCUUUCUUCUCCUUUCCCCCCCUCCUCCUCCCCCCCUCCCUAAAUGCGAGAUGCUCGGCCAAAUGCAAUUAAAUCGAGCAACGGCGAGCGAGGGCGCGCGCCUUGUCGGAGAGGAAGCGUUCACCUGCUCUUGCAUCCAAGCGGGAUAAAACAAGUGGGGAAGGUCAUUGAAAGUGAAGGAAGGAGGGAGGGAGGAAGGAAGGAGGCUGCGCGGAGCCGGAGCUGAAGCCGGAGCGGAGCAUGCUCGUGGAGGAAGAGGGCACGGCGAACUGGCAACAUCUGUAAGUUCUCCCCGGGAGAUUUUUGUCUGCGAGUAAACAUGCCGGUGAGAAGAGGACACGUCGCUCCGCAAAACACGUUUCUUGGGAUCAUUAUCCGGAAAUUCGAGGGGCAGAACCGUAAAUUUGUGAUAGCCAACGCCAGGGUGGAAAACUGUGCCAUCAUCUACUGCAACGACGGCUUCUGCGAGAUGACCGGCUUCUCCAGGCCGGACAUCAUGCAGAAGCCUUGCACCUGCGACUUCCUCCACGGCGAGCACACGGACAUGGAGGCCAUCGGCCAGGUGGGCCUGGCUCUGCGGGGCUCCGAGGAGCGCAAAGUGGAGAUCACCUACUACCGCAAGGACGGGUCAGACUUCCAGUGUAACAUUCACAUCAUCCCGGUGAAGAAUGAAGAGGGCAUAGUGAUGAUGUUCAUCCUGAAUUUUGAUUACGUUUUGGACGAGGGGAGUGACAACUCCGCAGAGAAGAUAAGCCCCGCGUCGCCCACAAAGUCUGAUCAAAGGGGUCGAUUUUUCCGCUUCCGCCAGGCUGCCUUGAGCCUGAUGAAUACCAACAAGCAAUCGCUUCCACAAGAGGACCCAGACGCUGUGAUGGUGGACUCGCCCAAAGACAAUGAGGACUCGGUAGCCCUGCAGAGUUUCCCCUCACCCACCAAGAGCAUGUGCAGUCCCAUCGAGGCCAACGACACCCACGCCCUCAUCAGCUCAAGCCACCACUCCUCCCAGGCCAGCGUGGCCCCUGAACCACUCGACCAUUCGUCCCCCAAACUGCUGUGGGAGAAGAUUUACCAGACGGAGGUGCACCAGUCCUCGACCUCCUUGUCCAACACCUUCCCAAGAGGAAGCGUCACCAGCAUGAGACGGGCGUCCUCUGUCCAUGAGAUUGAAGGCUACAGUUCCAGUUCCAAAAGCAUUUUCAGGGACCGGCAUACAAAUGAAGGUCCAUUUAACCACGUGAAGUCCAGCCUGCUUGGCUCCACGUCGGAUUCCAACAUCAACAAGUACAGCACCAUCAACAAGAUCCCCCUGAUCGCGCUCACCUUCUCGGAAGGGAACGACAAGAAGACUCACUCUCCUCCGACAUCGGAGAAAACCAUCAUCGCGCCAAAGGUCAAAGACAGGACGCACAACGUCACAGAAAAAGUGACACAGGUCUUGUCGUUGGGAGCCGACGUUCUCCCAGAGUACAAGCUGCAGACGAACCGCAUCGACAAGUUCACCAUCCUGCAUUACAGCCCGUUCAAAGCGGUGUGGGACUGGCUGAUCUUGCUGCUGGUCAUCUACACGGCCAUCCUCACGCCUUACUCGGCCGCCUUCCUCCUCAACGACCAGGAGGAGCAGAGGAGGCGUGAAUGCGGCUACUCCUGCAGCCCCCUGAAUGUGGUGGACCUCAUCGUGGACAUCAUGUUCAUCAUCGACAUCCUCAUCAACUUCAGGACCACGUACGUCAACCAGAACGAGGAGGUGGUCAGCCACGCGGCCAAGAUAGCCAUCCAUUACUUUAAAGGCUGGUUCCUAAUAGACAUGGUGGCGGCCAUUCCCUUUGACCUGCUUAUCUUCGGCUCAGGAUCAGAUGAGACGACCACUCUGAUCGGCCUGCUCAAGACGGCGAGGCUGCUCCGUCUGGUACGAGUGGCCCGGAAGCUGGACCGCUACUCGGAAUACGGCGCCGCCGUAUUGAUGCUGUUAAUGUGCAUCUUUGCCCUCAUCGCCCACUGGCUGGCCUGCAUUUGGUACGCCAUCGGCAACGUGGAAAAGCCUUACUUGGAGCACAAGAUUGGCUGGCUGGACAACCUGGGAGUGUCCAUCGGCAAGAAAUACAACUACAGCGAUCCGAACUCCGGUCCCUCCAUCAAGGACAAGUACGUCACGGCGCUUUACUUCACCUUCAGCAGUCUAACCAGCGUGGGAUUUGGCAACGUUUCCCCAAACACAAACUCGGAGAAGAUCUUUUCCAUUUGCGUCAUGCUGAUCGGAUCACUUAUGUACGCCAGCAUCUUUGGGAACGUCUCCGCCAUCAUCCAGAGGUUGUACUCGGGUACGGCACGCUACCACGCACAAAUGUUACGGGUCAAAGAGUUCAUCCGUUUUCAUCAGAUCCCCAACCCGCUGAGGCAGCGGCUGGAGGAAUAUUUCCAGCACUCCUGGGCCUACACCAACGGCAUCGACAUGAACACGGAGGUACUCAAAGGUUUUCCGGAGUGCCUGCAGGCAGAUAUCUGUCUUCAUCUCAAUAAUAAUCUCCUUCACAACUGCAAAGUGUUCCAAGGAGCCACCAAAGGCUGCCUGAGGGCCUUGGCGAUGCACUUCAAGACCACGCACGCGCCUCCCGGAGACACUCUGGUCCACAGCGGCGACGUUCUCACCGCCCUCUACUUCCUGUCCCGCGGCUCGAUUGAGAUCUUGAAAGAUGACAUCGUGGUCGCCAUCUUGGGGAAAAAUGACAUCUUUGGUGAAAUGAUCCAUCUAUUUGCCAAACCGGGAAAGUCCAACGCUGACGUGCGGGCUCUGAGUUACUGCGACCUGAGCACCAUCCAACGGGAGGACCUUUUGGAGGUGUUGGACAUGUACCCAGAGUUUGCUGACUACUUCUUUGCCAACCUGGAGCUGACCUUCAAUCUCAGAGAUGAGUCUGCAAAGCCUCCCAGUCCCGGGGGCUGCGACUCGGAUGGCGAGGGCACCAGGAGUAUCAAAAGAAGGAUUUCCUUCACACCCGAGCCACCCAAAGUGGAAAACAACGAAGUCAGUACCGAACUGGAAAUGGGGAGGGAGUCAAACCUGUGCCUCAAGAGAUGUUCCGAAGUCCGGGGUCCCUCGACACCCAGCAGCCCUGUUCUCGACUCUAAUCUUCUCGGACACAACGAGGUCACAGACGGCUUGAGGAGAAGUCCAUCUUUUCAAGAUCUGUGCUGUGAUAAAUGGGUGUGCAAGAAGCCUACGGACUACCUGGAUGAGUCAGCGCAUUUCCAGGAGCUGCGAGGAGACGAUAACUCGGCCAGCGAGCUCACCUACGGAGAGGUGGAACAGCGCUUGAAUCAGCUCCAAGAGCAUUUAAACAGGUUGGAGUCUCAGCUUACGUCCGACAUUCAGACCAUCCUGCAGCUGUUGCAGAGGCAGCCCGCGUUGGGUCCUCCAGCUUACAGCACCGUGACGGCCAGUCCAGAGUAUCACGGACCUGCCGUGAAGAUUCAGCCCGCUGCCUUGACAGCGAGCCAUUUUUUCAGCCAUACGCAAAGUCAAGGUCCGAACCACAAAGUGAAGAGGGCCUUUCGGGAAUCCAAAGACUCAGUGCCGAGCUUGGCCACCUUGAAGGUACCGGUCGAGGACAACCUUUCAACGUUGCUUUUACAAAGACAAGCAGAACCGCAACAGCAACAAGAGAUUACCCGGGAUCAGCAGUCAACAUUGAUCCUGAUUUCAACAUCAACCUCGUCUUCACCCACUUCCGACUGCACCCUCAACGCCACCGGACUCCACAGACCUGACUCUGACCCGGAGCUACCGAGGCCAUAAACCUUUCAGCAUUUGUCUUCUCACCUCUGGGUCGUAAAUGCUGUAAUAAUUACAUGCAGUCGUAGUCACUCUUUCUAAGCAUGCUGCAACAGACAAAUAUAUAUUCUUGAUUUGCAGUUGCUCGGUAGUAUAUUUAAUGUGUUUUUUUUUUCUCAUGCUGUCCUUUGCGGUAUUGCGGUACCGCUGGCAUCCAUGUACGUAUUUCCAAUGUAAAUGCACUUGGAGAGCGCAAACCACCACCAAGGCCACGAUAGACUACCAACAGCCAUUCUGUUAUAUGCAAAACCUCACACAUACAACACUGUAUGUCUUGGGCAUACAUACAAACAAAAUAGUAGAAAUAUGCUCCUUUUAACCAUAACGGUAGAAAAAAUAAUAAAUAAAUAGUUUGGCUUGAUAAAAUGAAAAGCUUGUAGGACAAACAUGAUCAUCAAGAUGACAUAUUCACCAGCAGUCGCCUCCAAGCUGUUAUCAUGAGAUUUUAGCAGGAUUUUCUACAAAAGAGAACGCACUGAAAGUUGUGUUUAGUUGGGGGGGGCACGGCACGCUUUCUUUCUGUAGACGAAUGUUAUGAAAAUAUAAUGGCUAAACUGGUUUGAAAUGUGGAUGAAAAUGAGCAAAUUUCUGUCAUUCUCUGAGAAAUGGAAUUUGGUACACCCCUGUUCAAAUGCCAGGUUUUUGUGACAUAGACAUAAAUCAUUUCAAAACUCUUUCCGCCAUUAAUCGGUCACUUAUACCCUGUACCACACAAUUGGAAAACAGUGUUGAAUCUUGUUGACAUACCUGCCACCAUCUAAAGUGCGUCUGACUCACGUCAAAACACAGCUUCUGAAAGUUUCGGCAAAAAGUUCCCCUUUGCCUUCACUGGAUUUUCCCCGCGUGUUUUGGGAAGAUUUGAAUUUUUGGGUCAUAAUUACUGAAGCAGAUGUUUGACACAAACACACAGCACCGUUUGUCACCAAGAGAGUCAAGUUGGAGGGAAUUAGGAACAGUUCCAAAUAUCAGUCAGCGUUAGUACAAAAUAGGUCAGGAAAA